AUGGCGCUGGCGAAGAGGAAGAGCGCAGCGGCAGGUGGCGGCCGCCGCGGCAGCUGCCGCGGCCAAGUGGAAGGUGGGCGACCUCGUGCUCGCCAAGAUGAAGGGCUUCCCGGCCUGGCUGGCUAUGAGGAGAUGACUCUCAUGAAAUGCCACAGGCUUACUCGUGCUAUUUCUCUGUACUUUAGGUCUGGCUACCCUAGUAGGGCCGGUAUUCAUAUUAGUGAACCAGAGCAGUGGAAGAUGCCUUCUACUAAAAAGAAACCGCUGGUUUAUUUCUAUGGUACUAAACAGAUUGCUUUCUGCAAUUAUGCUGAUCUCGAGGCAUUCACUGAAGAGAAAAAAGAUCUCUACUUGUUUAGCGAUAUGGAACAUUCCAGUCAUCAUAGGCAUGAGGAUGACAAAGCUAACUCAGGUUCUGUUUCUACAUCAGAUAAUGUCUGGUUGCAUUCUGCUGGAGGCACUUCCAACCAACCAACUUUGGGGCUAGUAACAGCAACAGAAUGUUUAAUCCUCCCUGCUAAGGUGGAUAGUACUUGUAACAGUGAAGCAUCUGAAAAUGGAACUUCAGAGACAGAAUUGAAAUCAAAUGGCACAUCAAGUCUAACCCAUGAACACAGCAAUUGUACAACACCAAAUAAAGAUGAGCAAUUACGUGCUGAGUACAGUGAAAUCCUUCCAGAUUCUCCAAAUUCAAAGAAUGAAGUAAGCAAGUCAGAUGGAGAUGAGCACUUGCCAUUGGUCAAAAGGGCAAGGGUCCCAAUGGAAAGGUCUCAGUUGGAGGAUUCACCAGUUGAUGAAAUUGAUGCUUCUAAUAAGAAGCCAGAGCUUGCAACAACCUUGGACCAAUGUGAUAGGAAUGUUCCUUCAAGAGAAAAUGAUUCCUGUGAAGAAACCCUCAUGGAUACUAAAAACGGCCAAUGGCAUACAUUCUCAUCUUUGGCAUUGAAAGAACUGAACCAUAGAAAAAUUAAGGACAGGAGCACUUCUCCAGAUUCAAUGCCAAUGAAAGAACUUAUAGCUGUUGCACAAGCUAGAAGGUUUUCUCGAUCAACUUCCUUUCCAGAUAACUUCCUAAAUGCCAAGUAUAUUCCUGAGACAUCAAUAAAUACACCUCCCAAGGAAGGAUCACACAGGCAGUUGUCACCCUCAAAUCGGAUAAUCAGGCCCACCUCUGGAAAUGAUAAUGUUCAUUCUAGGAGUCCUUUUGAUAAUAUUCAACUGAAGAAAUUAGUAGGGCAUGAUGAAGCCAAUGCAGUAACGAAGGUCUUUCAAAGAUUUCUCAGUACAUUGACAAGAACCAAAGAAAGUGGAGCUGAGAUGUAUAUCCCUCUCUCAUUCAGGCAGUUCUACCUCGAAUUCUCUAUGCUGCUGCACCUCCUGGAAACUCAGCAUGGGAGAAUCGAAAAGCAAUGUCUCAAGGUUUGA